CAGAAGGAACUUGUGCCUAGUGCACAAUGAGGUUUUCAAUGGCACAUCUCAAUCAUGCAAACCCGCUUUUGGGGCCUAGCCCCUCAUCCUCUCUCUGCCCCUUGAGUCUCAUUCAUUCAUCCCUGUACCACUUGAUGGAUGAUGGGCUCUUGCCAUCCUUUCGGUUCUAUAUAUUACUCGUUUAGUACUCCUCGAAUUGAAUUGAAACCCCUUUCGGCCACAACCUCUUGGCACAUACGGACGCAUUGACUCGCUCUAGUUUAUCCUUUCCCUACCACGUCACCUGCCCAUGUACAUCAGGUGCAUCCGAGGCUCUGGUCUGGUCUCUGUGCACAUGGAAGUGCACACUGCAAUUGCCUUCCGCAUGGAGACAGUUUCUCUCUCUCUCUCUCUCUCUCUCUCUCGUUGAGUUAGAUCCGGACUAUGAACAGCUGCAGCUCUGCCUUUAUUCUGCAGAAAAUCUGUCGCUCUGUGAAUUCUGUGCGAGGACGAAGGCAUGUACAGACUACUGUUUGGCAUACGGCGGAGAGCCCGACCAGCAGGAGAGGAGAGGAGAGGAGAGGCACCAACUGUUGCUUGAUGCUCUUGCUAUAACACAUCGAGUCCUGGGGACGUGUGCCCACUUAUUGAGGCGCAUUCACCACUGGGUAAGGGAAGGUGGCGAGAGGGGCGAGGGGUUAAUGACCGUUCCCCCCAGGGGUUUCGUUUCGUUAUACUAUUUGCGAUAUCUUGCGAUAGAUUCUCAUUCGAAACGGAUACGGGUCAUCUUAAAUCCUCUGUGCUAAAAAGAUUCUUUCAUGUUAACGGCGGGAAUCGGAUCUCGGGCUCUGGUCGACAUCUGCCGAUCGUCGGAUCCGAUGGGGAUUAGAUUUAAUAUGUUGCAGGCACGAAUGAGGAGAUAUCCUUCAACAAAAGAAAAUCCUGGAAGUCCUGAAAUAGACAACACUGCUGCUUCUGCUGCUGCUGCUGCGUGAGCGUUUUCAGUCAGGUCGAUGACUUGUAUCCCCGUCCAUAUCUGGCUGGCUGGCUGGCUCUCUCUGACAGCCCGGGGAUGUAAAUCUCAUUCAACCGUCUCUGGUGAAGAAAGAUGUGGCCAUUUUCCCGGACUACGCUGGAUGGCAUGCUUCGGGGCGUUGCAGACCCAAGACGGCAGAAGGAUGUGGGGACGAAAGAGGAUGCGUACGAAGGACAUGAAUGGUGGAUGAAAGUCCCCGUAACUCGGACAACAGGAUCGCUUGUGAGCAGAGGGAGGCAGAGCAGAGGCAGAGGUCAGAGAGAUGCUGACCGAGAGACAUGGACAGAGAAGAGCCAGAGAAUGCUUCAGGACGGGCGCCCGCAAUGCCCAGAGAGGAGCAGGAGCAGGAGGGGCCCACAGACGAGGGCGAGGGCCUUCUCCAAGGCACUCGAUUUGGGCUUGCUCAAGCCGUUUUCUGGAGAUUUGUAGAUAUGGGAAAAUGAGCAGAGCAGGGCAGAGAUGUUCAUUUUUCGUGUCAGGACUGAAGACUGGGGAGUUGCUUUUGCUGCAGGGGAUGUCUUGGAGUCACUGCUACACCCAAAAGCUGCCAGUGCCACAUCGGUCCUUCACCUCUGCGUCCAUUUGUAGGUCACGUUUCAGAUACCCAACUUGCGACUCACGUUUCCAGCACGAGAUUGGCAUUUUAUCUCACAAUUAUGUCCAUCAUUCCAUUCCUCGUGAAAUGUCCAUCGAGCAUCCUCCUUAACCUUUGUCCUGGAUGCUCUCACCAUAGCAUCCCAGAUCAGGCUUGUCACUGUGAAGGCGUGUGUCAUCACUUUUUCUUGAUCCUUUGGCGGCCUUCGCAGUGGACUUGGUUCAUCUCUCUCCCAUACAUGAUUUGGCCGAGACUUGAGGUCAUUCUCAUCUACGAAAACAGCAAGCGUUAAUGAAGAAUUCAAGAGCUGCUGUAGAUGUCUACCAGUACAGGUGCGUGCGUGGAACCAAGUUUGGGUACUAGCUUCGUACCGAUGGAAAUUCCUCAUCCUCAUACAUCAUAUAUCACAACCAUUCCUCCGUUGAUACUUCAAGAGCUGCGUUGGUAGAGUGAACAAGUGUGAAGCUCGGGAGCUCAGCUACGUCCUUAAUUGUGUUUCGACAUUUCAUUUGCUUGUUUCAAUUCACACCUCUUAAAUACCUGGCAUCGUCAGUCUACACGUACAGUUUGGAGCUCGAACAUUGACUUGUACAAUUUGUGGAGGGGCCCUAGA